GAUGCUAAACUUGUAUUUCUAAGCAAUAAUGAAUUUCUAUUAGAAUAUGUAUACUUACCAUGUGACAUAAAACAAAAGUACAAGAAACCCUUGAGUCCCUGCUUUACAAAGAAUAAGCUUAUAUUACUUUGAACAAGUUAUUUAAACUAUUUAUUUCUCAGUUUUCUGUUUCAGGAAAUAUAAUAUUAGUUCUCCUGACGAAUCCUAGAGUUGUUGAGAUAACCAAGUGGGAUAUCAACAUAAAAUUUUACUGUAAUCUGGAAGCCCAUAUUAAUAUUUUAAUAGAAGAGAGAGACCAAAGGAAUGGUGAUUAAUAAAUGAGGAAGAAAUCAGGCCAGUUAUAAAAUGCUCUGAAAUAGAGACGUGCAAAAUUACAUAAGGCACAACUAACUAUUGGAAUGAGGAUACCUGAUUUCGAGUUCUAAUUCUGCCACUGAAAACAUCUGGUCAUUGGACACAUAAUUUAUAAACUAUAUUAUGGACUGACUGAUGGUCUGCAGUGUAGAUGUGAUUAACGUCUAUCACACAGUUCUGAGCAAAUGAGAAAGCAAUUCUCUGUCCUUGGGAAUGGAGACUAAGAAUAUUCUGAACUUAAACUUGGUAUUUAUCAGUUUAGAUGUCUGUCUCAGUCCUCUAAAUAUCCCGAGGUUAGGGAAUGUAUCUUGUGCAUUAAUGUAAGCCUGGCAAUUAGCACAAAAUGUGGUGCUUCAUUCGAAAUUAGUGCUUUUAGAGAAAAUGAAGAAAUGAACACAUUCAGAAAUUUGUUGAUUGGUCAACUGGUUGGUAUUACUAAAGAUUUAUGUUCCUUUUUAACUUUUUGAAGAUGUUUAAGGUUUGGAAGUGGUUACAAACAUUUGUGGAUGCAGUUAUUAUCAUCUAACUGAGAUCCAGAAAGGUAUGUUAUUUGCAUGAAGCCAAGAAAACUGGGCAGCUACACAAUUCCCAAUGGAGAACAACACAGAGGUGACUGAAUUCAUUCUUGUGGGGCUAACUGAUGACCCAGAACUGCAGAUGCCACUCUUCAUAGUCUUUCUUUUCAUGUACCUCAUCACUCUAAUUGGGAACCUGGGGAUGAUUGAAUUGAUUCUAUUGGACUCCCGACUCCACACCCCCAUGUAUUUCUUCCUCAGUAACCUCUCUUUGGUGGACUUUGGUUAUUCCUCAGCUGUCACUCCGAAAGUGAUGGUAGGAUGCCUCACAGGAGACAAACACAUAUUAUACAAUGCUUGUGUCGCACAAUUCUUCUUCUUUGUAGCCUUUAUCACUGCAGAAAAUUUUCUUCUGGCAUCAAUGGCCUAUGACCGCUAUGCGGCAGUGUGUAAACCCCUGCAUUACACCACCACUAUGACAACAAAUGUAUGUGCUUGCCUGACCAUAGGCUCCUACAUCUGUGGUUUCCUGAAUGCGGCCAUUCAUACUGGGAACACUUUCAGGCUCUCCUUCUGUAGAUCCAAUGUAGUUGAACACUUUUUCUGUGAUGCUCCUCCUCUCCUGGCUCUCUCAUGUUCAGGCAAUUACAUUAGUGAGAUGGUUAUUUUUUUUGUGGUGGGAUUCAAUGACCUCUUUUCUGUCCUGAUAAUCUUGAUCUCCUAUUUAUUUAUAUUUAUCACCAUCCUGAAGAUGCACUCAUCUGAAGGAUGCAAGAAGGCCUUUUCCACCUGCGCUUCCCACCUUACUGCAGUUUCCAUCUUUUAUGGGACAGGUAUCUUUAUGUACUUACGACCUAGCUCCAGCCAUUCCAUGGGCACUGACAAAAUGGCAUCUGUGUUUUAUGCCAUAGUCAUUCCCAUGUUGAAUCCACUGGUCUACAGCCUGAGGAACAAAGAGGUUAAGAGUGCAUUUAAAAAGACUGCAGGGAAGGCAAAGGCCUCUAUAGGAUUCAUAUUUUAAUUAUAUAGAAUUUACAAUAAGACAAUUUCUUCCACCUCAUAUUUAUCUUUGUCUACUAAGUCCAAUAUUUGGGCUUCCUCCUGGACAGUUUCUAUUCACUGUUUUCUUAAACGUGAAUUGGCCAUACUUUCCUCAUCUUUAAGUGACACAUUUUUUGUUGUUAAAAUCUGGACAUUUUAAAUAUUUGUUAUUUCAGGUAGCAUAUUCUCAAAAUCAUAUCUUCCCUCUCAUCUAGGCUUUGUUUUUGUUGGUGGUACUUUUGUUUGUUUAGUGAUUUUCCUAAGUUACUUAUGUUACUUCUGUAUUUCUUGUUGUGUGUAGGCACUGAA